UAGGGUAGCGCGCGUGUGUAUGAGUGGGGGGGGGGAGGCGGAGGGCGGGUUCAGUGAUGUACAACUGCCGGUGAAAGACAAGCCGAGCCCUUCUCCCUCCUGCUAAAGAUGUCGGCGAGGAGGAGAACCGAAGCCUUCGUCCCGGCUGAAGAGAGCGACCAGCUGCUGAUUCGGCCCCUAGGUGCUGGGCAGGAAGUCGGAAGAUCAUGUAUUGUUUUGGAAUUUAAAGGAAGGAAGAUAAUGCUUGACUGUGGAAUCCACCCUGGCUUAGAAGGAAUGGAUGCUCUUCCUUACAUUGAUCUUAUAGAUCCAGCUGAAACUGAUCUCCUUCUGAUAAGUCAUUUCCAUUUGGAUCACUGUGGGGCAUUGCCAUGGUUUCUGCAAAAAACCAGCUUUAAAGGAAGAACCUUCAUGACCCAUGCUACAAAAGCAAUUUAUAGAUGGCUACUCUCAGAUUAUGUCAAAGUCAGUAAUAUCUCUGCAGAUGAUAUGUUAUACACAGAGACCGACCUGGAAGAAAGCAUGGAGAAGAUUGAAACAAUAAACUUUCAUGAAGUAAAAGAGGUGGCUGGCAUCAAAUUCUGGUGUUACCACGCCGGACAUGUUUUGGGAGCAGCCAUGUUUAUGAUUGAAAUAGCUGGAGUGAAGCUUUUAUACACAGGUGACUUCUCAAGGCAAGAAGACAGGCAUUUGAUGGCAGCUGAGAUUCCCAAUAUUAAGCCUGAUAUUCUUAUCAUUGAAUCAACAUACGGUACCCACAUCCAUGAGAAGCGGGAGGAGCGAGAGGCUCGAUUCUGUAACACUGUACAUGAUAUUGUAAACAGGGGAGGGCGAGGUCUCAUUCCUGUGUUUGCUUUGGGAAGAGCUCAAGAAUUGCUUUUGAUUUUGGAUGAAUACUGGCAAAAUCACCCUGAACUACAUGAGAUACCUAUAUACUAUGCUUCUUCCCUGGCAAAGAAGUGCAUGGCAGUGUAUCAGACCUAUGUCAAUGCCAUGAACGAUAAAAUCCGCAAGCAAAUCAAUAUCAACAACCCCUUUGUAUUCAAGCACAUUAGUAAUCUGAAGAGCAUGGAUCAUUUUGAUGACAUUGGCCCCAGUGUGGUAAUGGCUUCCCCUGGUAUGAUGCAGAGUGGCUUAUCCAGAGAAUUAUUUGAGAGCUGGUGCACUGACAAAAGAAAUGGAGUCAUCAUAGCAGGUUAUUGUGUGGAAGGAACACUUGCCAAGCAUAUCAUGUCUGAGCCUGAAGAAAUUACAACAAUGUCAGGACAAAAGCUACCAUUGAAGAUGUCUGUGGAUUACAUUUCUUUCUCCGCUCAUACAGAUUACCAACAAACCAGCGAGUUUAUUCGGGCACUCAAACCCCCCCAUGUGAUAUUGGUGCAUGGUGAGCAGAAUGAAAUGGCCAGACUGAAAGCUGCCUUAAUACGUGAAUAUGAAGAUAAUGAUGAAGUUCACAUAGAGGUCCACAAUCCUAGAAAUACUGAAGCUGUGACUCUAAACUUCAGAGGAGAAAAACUUGCCAAGGUAAUGGGUUCCCUAGCUGAUAAGAAACCAGAACAGGGACAGCGAGUUUCAGGAAUACUAGUUAAAAGAAACUUUAACUACCAUAUUCUUUCUCCUUGUGAUCUGUCCAAUUACACAGAUCUUGCCAUGAGCACUGUGACACAGACACAAGCUAUUCCAUACACAGGCACAUUCAGUCUGCUUCAUUAUCAUCUGCAAAAAUUAACAGGUGACAUAAAAGAAAUAGAGGUCCAAGAUAAGCCAGCUUUGAAAGUUUUUAAAAACAUUACUGUGGUCCAAGAACCAGGCAUGGUGGUGCUCGAGUGGGUAGCAAAUCCUGCCAAUGAUAUGUAUGCAGAUACUGUAACAACAGUGAUUCUAGAAAUUCAAUCAAAUCCCAAAGUUCAUAAAGCAAUGAUGCGCAAAAUUCCAAAAAAAGAAGAAAUAGAAGAUUAUCACAAAAAAAUGGAAAUUAUGCUUCAGGACAUAUUUGGAGAAGACUGUGUAAGUUCAAAGAAGGAUAAUGUGCUUAGCAUCACUGUGGAUGGAAAAACAGCAAAUCUCUCGUUGGAUACAAGGACUGUUGAUCAUGAACCAGGAUGUGAAGAUGAUGACGAAACUCUUCGGGAAAUGGUCGAGCUGGCUGCACAGCGACUUUAUGAUGCUAUCACUCCUAUACAAUAAACGAAUAGAUUUUGUAUAUAUCUGGAUCGUCUAAUGAAUUUACACUUUAAAAUUUUCUUUUGUUCAAAUAAUUUUGCUCCCAGAUGGACAGACAAAAUAACUUCUGUUUGUGUCUACAAUUAAAAAAAAUGUA